AUGAUGGGUUGCUUCACUGUUCUCAGAUCCAAGAAGAAGAAAAUCCCUUUUGAUAAUCCUCUUGUUCCAAGCAAUAAAUCGGUUGAUGCAAGGGAAAGUACGUCGUCUAGACUUCCGGAGCCAGAAGUUCAUGUGCCAUCUUUGCAAUCAGCUCCUCCUAGUUUUAGGAACAGGACUAAGAUAUCCCAGUCGUCACAUAAAGUUUCAAACAGCAGAGCUCGCGUGUUGUCUGCUCCAUCAACACUUAUUGUGGUCGAUCAGUUUGGCUUUCCAUUCGCCGAAUACCGAGAUCAAGACGACUCCAGGGAUAAGGAAGGUUCGACAAAGGGGCCUCGCUUUUCAAAUCCUUUGCCCCUUCCUCUUCCUUCACCGGAAGGACAUUCUUUUAGGAAUUCUGGUAGCUUCAAAGCCAGCAACUGUGUUUCAGAAACAGUUGGUUCAACAUCAUACAAGGCAACAUUUAGGGAUGAAUUUAUUGAUACGAAGACCACUGAAGCAACGGUAGCUCGUUUACUCCCCUCCACUCAGAGUUUGAAGGAGUUUAAAACACAAGCGACCACAUUGGCAUCGCUUCAGCAUCCCAAUUUAUGUAAACUGAUUGGCUAUUAUGCAAAAGAAGAUUCUAAUGAAAGGAUGUUGGUCUAUGAACGGCUUCAUCAUGGGAGCUUAGAUAAGCUACUCUUUGGAAGACCAGAUGGUCGUUUCAUGGACUGGUCUAAACGUUUGAAGGUUGCCCUUGGCGCAGCCAGAGGUCUUGCUUUCUUGCAUGAUGAAGGACCCUUUCAGGCCAUGUACAGCGAGUUCUCAACUGUGAACAUCCAAAUAGAUAAAGAUUUCACUGCUAAGCUUUCAGGAUAUGGUUGUGUUGGCUUCAAUACUGAGGAGAUAUCUAAUGCACCUGCGUCUGCAGCAAACCUUUCGGUGGAGACCUUGGAGAAGGGUUUACUCACUCCCAAGAGCAACGUCUGGAGCUUUGGAGUUGUGUUACUGGAGCUAAUAACUGGAAGGAAGAACCUUGAUGCCAAUUCUUCUAAAGAAGAACGCAAUAUUGUCAGGUGGAGUAGGCCUUUCCUUACUGAUGAUAGUCGCCUAUCUCUGAUCAUGGACUCCCGUAUAAAAGGGCGCUUUCCCACUAAGGCUGCUCGGAUAGUAGCAGACAUCAUUCUGAAGUGCUUGCAUAGAGAUCCAUCAGAGAGGCCAACCAUGAGGGAUGUUGUGGAGGCCCUAGCAAGAGUCCAGGAAAUAAAGGUUCCGUGCAGAUAUCCUCUACAAGAACCUUCUGCUGCACCAAGAAAAAUAAUGUUAAAAUCUACAUCCCUCAAUGGAAUUGUGCCUCAUCAUCCUGUCAUAACCUUCUCUCCAUCGCCGCCUUCACAUAACCAACACUUGAUUUCACCAAGGUCAUCAACAUCUGCCUUGUUCCAUCCAAGGACAUGCUCUUCUACUCUGGAUGAUCCCGGUGUAAGCUCUAUAAAGAAAACACCUCCUAUUAUGCGUAGAUCUAGCGUUGAAGGCUUUUGA